AUGUCUACGAGAGCUCUGAGAAGGCUGCAGAAGCAGCGAGAGCUUGAAUCGCAAGAAGAGCGUGAAUCUGAUGCCGAUUCACCGGAGCUCAACGCACCCAAAUCGAACUUCAACGCCUUUGACCUACUUGACGCGCAAGAUGCGAAUGAUGAGGAAACGGACGCGGAAGAGGCGCCUUUAGAGGCUGUAUCUGACUCAAAACAUACGCAUAACACAAAGACUAGCAAGUCUAGAAAAAAGAAACAGAAACAAAACCGAGCGAAAAAGGGCAGAACAACGACGGAUCAACGUCCGUCUGAGCCGACCACUCCGGGAGAUGCAGACCUUGAUGAUAUUGAUAGAGCGCUUAAAGAACUUUCUGCGAAAAAUCAUGGAGAAGUGAAGGAUGGGCAUGCAAAUAGGCAAUCAAGAUAUGCGAGCGAUGAAGCGGUAGCCUCACUUUGCUCCCUGUUUGCCAUUGAUUCCAAAAAACUGAAUGCGAUGACCGAAAUGAAGAGAUUGUUUGGAAGCGUCGCAGUAGAGUCCAGAUAUGCGGAUGGCGGGGAACAAUCUCCAAGUCGCCGACGGGUGAGAAACCGCCAGGCACUUGACCUUGGGAGAGCCCUAGCAGGGAGAUUCAACCCGGCAAGCCGAGGGCAGGAUCUCUCUGGAAUGGCUCUCCGCAAAAACAUCCUCAUGCAGGGCAAAGACGAGUGGCCUCGAGCGACCAGUGGCGGACUUGGCAUGGAAAUCGUAAACAAGGAGCCCUCUGGCGUCACAGAAUACAAACUUGUCCACAAUGCUGCUUACAAAGAUGCUCAAAUACAAUUUGAGAUCUGUGUCCGGUCGAUGCAGGCUGAAAGAAUGAUUGAACAUCUGCAAUUCAAUCCGUAUCACCUAUCUACGUUGCUGCAAGUAUCGGACAUUGCCAAACAUCAGGGCGACCAUGCCGUUUCUGGUGACUUGCUAGAACGGGCCUUGUUCAAUAUUGGCAGGUCCGUCCAGUCAUCUUUCGGGUCUUGCCUGGCAGAAGGAAAGGCCAGGUUGAGCUUCGACGUCAAAGAGAACCGAGAGCUCUGGCUUGCAGGGUGGAGAUAUAUCAUCAAUUUAGGAAUGAAAGGCACAUGGAAGACCGCAUACGAAUGGGCGAAACUACUUCUUAGCCUGGAUGCUGGAGAUCCCUACUGCAUAUGUUUGACGAUUGAUCAGCUUGCUAUCAAAGCCAGAGAGCCCGAGCAUUUUAUUCAAUUGUGCCAGCAUCCCACUCUAAAGAAGCGUUGGGAUCUACUUCCCAAUAUUCAAUGCUCCCUUGCUUUAGCGUACUUCCAAAAGAAAGAUGCAAAGGCAUCGAGAGAGCAACUCCGGCACGCAAUCGCCAGAUACCCGUGGGUAUUCUGCCGAUUAGCUCAAGAGCUGAAUAUAAAUCCCGUACCUAAAUCCAUAUGGGGGGCGCAAGUUCCCAACCAGGCUUUCGAAUUGCUAACCGAACUUUAUAUUAAUCGUGCGAAGGACAUCUGGAACACUCCAGAGGUGAUAACUCUUUUUAUGGAGGUGGCCGAUAGCAUUGGUGCUCCAGAACCAGCAAUCGAGGCUCCAGAAAUAUCACUGAACGUAGCUCGACACGUCAUCCUUUCGGAUAUACCAGCUGUUCUAACGCACCUCCCAAGACAAUUCACUACGAGACAUAUUUCGGCAUCAGACCCACUACCGCCAAAUGAGCUACAGGAAGAGCGCCCUGCCAGUUCACACUGGUUUUUCGAUGCCGUGCGGGGUGCAAUUGGUUUGGAUAACGCAGAAGAACUACUAGGCAGAUUUGUACCAGGUGGAGAUGAAGGAUUUGAGACCGAUGAGUGGCCGGAAGUCAACAACGAUGACACGGAGCCUGCCUUGCCUAUUGAGCUCGACGAAGGGCUGGACGAAAUUGUCGCAUUUAUGGAAGAUCAUGGGUUCGACCCUGGUAAUUGGCUAGAUUCAGAUGAUACUCCUUUCGCCGAUUGGAUUACCACGUUGAAAGCCCAGGUUCGUCCGGAAGAAUGGGACGCGAUGAUCGAUGCCGCAGGUGCAUUGUGCGACUCGUCACUCCUGUCUGAUCUGCUUAGAGACGAAUUACAGCGGCAGUCUGAAGGGGCAUAA